AUGCCCCGCCUCAAGCCCGGCGCAAACCAGGGCAAGAAGAAGCCCAGCGCGCCCAACACCCCGCCCUCCGAGGAAGCAGCAGCAGCACAGGCAGACGAAAAGAAGCCGCUCACCCCGCAGGAGAUCAUUGGCGGCAAGUCGUGGACGGGGAAGCUCCCGCAGGCGCUGUUCUACGAGCUGUGUGUCAAGAACGGGUGGCAGAAUCCGGAAUAUGUCAUUAGAAAAGAAGGCACCCUCGGCUUCAUCUCCACCGUCUACAUCCGGUGCAAAAACCCCAAAACCCUCGCCGUCGAAACCCUCCACUUCCGCCCCCCCACCGAGCUGCCCAACGGCCUCCCGCUCGACCCUCCACCGCACAAACCAACGCAGCUCGAGGCACGCCACUACACAGCCACAUACGCCCUCCACCGCGUCUCCAGCAUGCGCAACAUACACCUCAUGCUGCCCCCCUCGCACCGCGGCUACUGGGCCACCUUCGAGGAGGUCAAGAAGGCGUGGCUCGAGAAGAAGCAUGCCUGGAUGUAUGAGGCCGACCCCUUCCUCACCAAGCGCGAGCACGAAGCCGCACUCGCGAAGGCUGCGCGUGUCGCUGCUGCCUCUGGCGGCGGCGGCGCUGCUGCAGCGCAGAAGACGGAGCCGAAGCCCCCCUCGCGCGGAUGGGACAACGUCCCCACCGUCGAUAUGUCUGCCGUGAACCGGCGCGCCGUAGAAUCACUCGUGCGGCGGCACCACGUCUGGAAUCCCACGGGGACCGUGAUGCCUGCCACUGCGCGCGACGCCGCGGUGGCCGAGCUGGCGGGGCUGGGGUUUAGGAGGGUGCAUGCGGAGGAGGCGUGCGGUGCUGCGGGGGACCGCGAGGAGGCGCUGGAGUGGCUGCUGGUGCAUGUGCCGGAGGAUGAUCUGCCAGAGCGCUUUCUGCCGGGCAACUAUGGGACGGGCGUGACGCUGCAGAUGGAGCUGGAGUAUCCGGCGAAGAGGCUGUGUGCGAAUGGGUAUAGCAUGGAUCUGUGCCGGGAUGUGCUGGUGCGGGUUGGUGGGGAUGAGGCGCGCGCGGCGGAGGUCCUGAUGCAGAUAUUGCUGCAUGGCGAUAGUGAGGGUGAGGGCGGUGAGGGUGCGGGCGUGGGCGGUGGUGGUGGUGGUGGUGGUGGUGGUGGCCCGCAGCAGCAGGAGGAGGAGGAGGAGGAUCUCAUCUCGUUCGACGACCCGGUGGUGGAUCUGUGGCGCGAGGAGCAGACGUCGCUGGAGGCCAUCUGGGGCGAGCGCUACACCCGCGUCUCCGACACACGGUUCCGCGUGCGCCUCGACCUGCGCGACCACAGCACCACAUCGACCAUCUCGCUGGACCUACGGAAGCCCACGGCGCGCGGGCUCAACGGCGAGUACCCAUACACCAUCCCCGUCAUCUCGCUCCUCGAGGAGAAGAAAGACACUACUACGACUACGCCAGGCCUCCCCGCAUACGUCAAGCUCAGCAUCAUCCGCCAGACAGCCACGUUCGCAGAGACCCUCCGCGGCGAGAUGAUGGUCUUCUCGCUCGUCGACUGGCUCGAGGGCGAGUUCCCGCGCAUCCUCGAGAACCCUGGCCGCCUGCGCGACGUCGCGGGCGCGGUGUCGGCCGGCGAGACGGCGCCGGAGACAACAACGCUCCGUGUUGGCGGAGGAGGAGGAGGAGGAGGCCGCUCGAAGAAGCGCCGCCCGAGACCGCCGAUCGACUGGAUGCCCAACCAUCCCGAGUCCAUCCGGCUGUUCGAGGCGCGCGCGGCACGCUGGGAGACCCCCGCGCAGCAGAAGCGCAUCGAGGCGAGGAAGCGCCUGCCGGCGUGGAACCUGCAGGAGGACAUUAUCGCCGCGGUCGACGGCGCGCAGGUCACCAUCAUCUCCGGCGAGACGGGCAGCGGGAAGAGUACGCAGUCUGUUCAGUUCAUCCUCGACGACAUGAUCCUGCGCAGGCUGGGGCGCGCCGCAAACAUCAUCUGCACGCAGCCGCGGCGAAUCUCUGCCUUAGGGCUGGCGGACCGGGUGGCGGAGGAGCGGUGCGGGACCGUGGGAGACGAGGUGGGCUAUGCGAUCCGCGGCGAGUCGCGGCAGAGGCAGGGCGUGACGAAGAUUACGUUUGUGACGACGGGGGUGCUGCUGCGGCGGCUGCAGAUGGGGGAUAAGCUCGAGGAUGUGUCGCAUGUGGUUGUCGACGAGGUGCAUGAGCGCUCGCUGGAUACAGACUUUUUGCUCAUCCUACUGAGGCGCAUGUUGGCUGUGCGGGAGGAUCUGCGGGUCGUGCUGAUGAGUGCUACGCUGGAUGCGGAGGUGUUUGCGGAGUAUUUUGGCGGGGCGGAGAAGGUGCGCAGGGUCGAGAUUAGGGGGAGGACGUUCCCGGUGCAGGACUUUUAUCUCGACCAGGUGAUUGUCAAGACGCGCUUUGAUGCUGGGGGGCGUAUGCUCUCGUCUGCGCAGGGCGGCGGCGGUGGAGGAGGAGGAGGAGGCGGUGGUGGUGGUGGUGGUGGUGGUGGGGGCGGCGGAGCAAAGAGUACGGUCAGCGCGGAGGACCUCCGCGGCGUGGACCCGGCGGUGGGGAAUAUCAUCCGCGGGCUGGGAGACCGCAUCAACUAUAACCUGAUUGCCGCGACUGUCGCGCACAUUGACGAGGAGCUCGGCGACCAGGAGGGCGCCAUCCUCAUUUUCUUGCCUGGAACAAUGGAGAUCCAGCGCUGCAUCGACGCCAUAAAAUACCUCCCCGACGGCCACCACCGCUUCCACACCCUCCCCCUCCACGCCUCCCUCCUCCCCGCCGAGCAGCGCCGCGUCUUCAACCCCCCACCGCCGCCCAAACGAAAAGUCAUCGCCGCCACCAACGUCGCCGAAACCUCAAUCACAAUCGAGGACGUCGUGGCUGUCAUCGACACCGGCCGCGUCAAGGAGACAUCCUACGACCCCGCAAACAACCUUGUCAAGCUGCUCGAGACCUGGGCCUCCAAAGCGGCGUGUAAACAGCGCCGCGGCCGCGCUGGCCGUGUCACGGCUGGAACUUGCUAUAAGCUCUACACCCGGAACGCAGAGGCCAAGAUGCCGGACCGCCCGCAGCCGGAGCUGCUCCGUGUCCCGCUGGAGCAGACGUGUCUCGGCGUAAAACACAUGGGCGUGGCCGACGUGCAGUCCUUCCUGGGGUCGGCACUCACCCCGCCUGCCACUCUUGCCGUGGACGGGGCUCUGCGACUUCUAGAGCGCAUGGGCGCCCUGCGGCCCGACGGCGCGCUCACGGCGCUCGGGAAGCAUAUGGCGAUGAUUCCGGCGGAUUGCGCUGCAAGGGAGGCGAUGAAGGCUGCCCGUGCGACGUUCGCGGGCGUGCCGGCGGCGGGGGAUCUGGUGGCGGAUCUGCGCGCGUAUGAGCGGUGGGCGGAGCUGCGGUGUAGUCUUGGCAUAAGGGAGCUGCGGCGGUGGUGCGAGGAGAAUUAUCUGAGCCACCAUGCAAUGCUGGAUAUCGCCUCGAACGGGCGGCAGUAUCUGGAUGCGCUGAAGGAGAUUGGGUUUUUGCCGCUGGGGUACACGCCCGGGGUGGGCGGGGGCGCAGCAACGGGGUUUAAUCGGCAUGGCGGGAAUACGGCGCUGCUGAGGGGCUUGCUGGCGGGCGCGUUUGUGCCGUGUGUGGCGCGCGUGGUGGUGCCCGAGACGCGGUUUGCGAGCCGGGCGGUGGGCGCGGUGGCGCUGGACCCGGAGGGGAGGAUGAUUAGGUUCUAUACGGAGGAUGCGGGGAGGGUGUUUGUGCACCCCGGGAGCACGAUGUUUGCGGUGACGGCGUGGGAGAGGGAUCAGUUUUUGGGGUUCUGUACGAAGAUGGGGACGGGGGGGAGUGAGGGGAAGGUGUUUUUGAGGGAGUGUACUCCAAUCAACGCAUACUCGCUCCUCCUCUUUGGCGGCGACCUGGCGGUGGACACGAUGGGCCGCGGCAUCACGGUCGACGGGUGGCUGCGGCUGCGCGGAUGGGGGCGCAUCGGCACGCUGGUGGCGCAGCUUCGGGGGAUGCUGGAGAGGGUGCUGGAAAGGAAGAUUGAGGAGCCCGAGAUGGACCUGGGCGAUAACGAGGUUGUGGGCGUGGCGAGGGGGCUGUUGGAGGGGAAUGGCAUGUAG